CCAAUAAGGUCCAUAAAGACCCGAGCAAACCUAGGGUUUAUGAGCACGGAGCGUAUAAAAGCGAGCCUCCACGCCGCCGUCCCUCCCUGCAGCCACCACCACCACCCCCACACCGGAGCACAGCGAGGCGGCGCCGCAGCCCCAUCUUCUCCGGCGAAGCGAAAUGGCGACGGUUCCGGAGCCUUUGAUCUGGGAGAUUGUCAAGAAGAACAACUGCUUCCUGGUGAAGCAGUUCGGGAAUAGCAAUGCCAAGGUGCAGUUCACCAAGGAGCCCAACAACCUGUACAAUGUCCACUCCUACAAGCACUCUGGCUUGGCGAACAAGAAGACCGUGACGAUCCAGCCAUCAGGCGUGAAGGACGCGGCCGUGGUCCUCUCCACAACCAAGACCAAGAAGCAGAAUGCCCCAGCGAAGCUCUACCACAAGUCUGUGAUGCGCAAGGAGUUCCGCAAAAUGGCUAAGGCUGUCAAGAACCAGGUGAGUGACAACUACUACAGGCCUGACCUGACCAAGCCGGCUCUUGCGAGGCUUAGCUCAGUGUACCGCAGCCUCCAGGUUUCCAAGUCUGGUGCCAAGAAGAAGAACAGGCAGCCAACUAAGCUGUAAAUCGCUUAAAGCUCGCUUUUUUUUUUGUCAAGGGGCCUCGUGGUGUUCAUGUUUCCAGCUACCUCUGUUCGUAACAGUGAUUGAGACUUGAAUUGAUAUCUAUGCUAGAAUUGGAUCAACUAUGCUACAAAUCUACUCUAGUUUGUACUCGCUACAAUUUUGGUCUGCUGUGUCAUUGUUCACGUUGCACUUGAUAAUAGCAGCUAAGCUAAUGUCAUCAAAUUGCUGGUGCCGUUUUGCUUUGUACA